GGGCGCCACGUCCGCAGCCAGAGGCAGCAGCCGCCGCCGCCAACGGAGUCUUCUGGCUCCACAGCCUGCGGAGGCGUCUCCUGAGUUCGGGACUACCGCCCCAGGCCGCCUCAGGCCGCCUCAGCCCUCGUUGGUGCUGCCCACUCCCUCCUCUCGGCCCCAGCCCCAGGCUCCGGCCCGCGGCCCCGGCGUCACUGAAUGUUUGCUGUUUCCCUACUGCCUGAAGAUGCCUCACUGGAUAAUUUAUAAACUCCUUCUGAGUGGGACCUUUGUUGUUACACUGAAAGCUCAGUGCCUAACAGAGUGUCCAACGCACCGUAGGGAUGCAAAUAUGUGUUCAACUAAUGAGGAAAUCAUGGAUCAGGCAGAUAAAAACCAACAAGAAAUCCCAUCAUACCUUAGUGAUGAACCACCAGAAGGUUCAAUGAAGGAUCACCCACAGCAGCAGCCAGGCAUGUUGUCCCGUGUGACUGGAGGUAUCUUCAGUGUUACAAAGGGAGCCGUUGGUGCCACCAUUGGUGGUGUGGCUUGGAUUGGUGGAAAGAGUCUGGAGGUGACCAAAACAGCUGUUACAACUGUACCUUCCAUGGGAAUAGGGCUGGUGAAAGGGGGCGUGUCUGCUGUGGCUGGAGGUGUUACAGCUGUUGGGUCUGCUGUUGUAAACAAAGUGCCCUUAACAGGAAAGAAAAAAGACAAAUCGGACUAAAAUUUGGAGAUACAUGUGAUCUCCACAGCAUUAUGAUGCCAGUGGCAUUGAAUUGCUAAAUUAUGGACUACAACCAAGUCACCUAUUUUGGACGUUUAUCUUCUAAACUGCUGUGUUGAAAGUAUUGAUGACUGGCAUUCAUCUAAAAAGAAGAGACCAAUACUAGCACAGUGUAUGAAGGUUUCUCAUACUUAAACUCCAGCUUUUUAUCUGGUAAAAUGUUACAUUUAUUCACUUGUAACUGAAGAUACGGUAUGUUUGCAUAUUUACUAUAAGUCUUUCGGUUUGACUAAAAAUGUGAAAGUUGAAUUCCGUGGGUGAUCUUUACAGUUCCAUAUGUGUGAUGUGCCAGGUAACUCGUCUGCCCCUUAAGAAGGGAACCUUGAACUACAUAAACUAUACCUUUGAUGUGCCUAAUAGUUUCAGAUGUCUUAGUUUUUUUUUUUUAUAACCAUAGUUGAUUAGGCCAAGGGGCCUUCUUUUCUUAUUUAAGCUGGUAAAAGUAGAGGGAAUUAGAGAGUUUUAAAAGAUAAAUGGCUUUAUGAUACCAAGUGUUAACCAUCUUAUGUUAGGUAUGCAUUCUGUUCAACUAUAAUUGAUGCCUUACAAAAGAAAACAUCUUUUUUAAUACCCUGUAUGUGUAGUUCUUAGAAUUACCUAUAUGGAUUCUUUUAAAGAUUGCGAAAUUAGUUUUCCCUCUUAAGAAUCUCAGGAGUAGUGGGGUAAAGGCAUUUCUUGCUGUCUGCAGCUAAGAUAACGUUUAACUGUUGGUAGUUAUAAGCAGAUUGUACACUUCAACCUGGAUUCAUGCUCCGUUGUUAAUACACCUCCCAGUGCCUAAGGAAUAUUUCUUUACUGGUCAGAAACUAUGUGGGACGAGUUUCAUAUUAAGAACAAAUAAUUAAUAAAUAAUUUUAAGUUCUUAAGAAUUACCUAAAGCAUCCAAGACAGAAAAAAAAUUCCUAUUUUAUAUCUCCAGGAUGGCGUAAAUUGGUAAAAAACACAGUAAAAGCAACUACAAAAUAUGUGAGGACUAUUUUAUAUGGAAGAAAAGGGGCGCCAUAGAUUAGUUUCAAAUGUAAAAUAUGUAUAAGUGCUUUCAAAAAGUUUAUCUAGGCUUUUAAAAUAUAAGUGAUCUUAUAUUUCUUAAAGGCAGUUGUAGAUGUUGUACCAAGUCCGUUUCAGGAAAUUGAGGUUUUUGAUUGUGAGUGGAAGUGUGCGCCAUGUCUCAGCAUGUCUCAUCAUGUCUCAUUCAGUCUCACAAAGUAUGCUUAGCUCAAAUUCAUUUUUUUGUUUCAUGUUCCAUGUUCAAUAUUAUAAAAAUUUAACAACUGGCAUAUAUAUUUGGCAUUCCUCUUAAACAAAGGGUUAUAAUCCAAGCCUGAAAAAUCGCAGAAUUUUAUACUUAAUAUGGAAAUUUGCCUCCACUCCAAAGAGGGCAGUGGUGAUGCAGUAAUAAGUCAAGACAGCCUUCCUGACACAGCCGCAUUAUAAUGUGGACCCAACAAAUGGGUAAGAAUAUAACUGAAUUUUUAAAAGCUUUCAAAAUACCCACAGGGAUUUUAAGAAAUUCAUUAAGGAGUUCUGUCUAGUUCAUGAGGAAUUAAAUGGUCAUUUGUUUCAUGCAGUAGGAUUUAAGGUUUAUUUGUUGGUAUAUCUUGUCAAAUGCCACAGUUAGCAAGGAGAUUAAAAAAAAAAAAACUACAAAAAUAA